AUGCAGAGUCAGAAGGAUCUGCCGUCGUCGCCGCACGAUGGAAGGAAGCUACAUGUGUUUUUUUGCCAUCCGGAUUUGGGAAUAGGAGGAGCGGAGCGGCUGAUAGUGGAUGCGGCAGCGGAGCUGGCGUCUAGAGGCCACAGCGUGCGGGUCUUCACAGCCCAUCACGACCCUCUCAGAUGCUUCCCCGAGACCAUUGAUGGCACCUUCCCUGUGCACGUGCAUGGAAGUUUCCUCCCCCGCCACAUCGCCGGCCGAUUUCACGCAGUCUGCGCCUACCUCAGGUGCCUCUGGGCGGCUCUCUGCAUCGUCAUCUCUGUGUGGCUCCGGUGGAUCCCAGCCGUUGAUGCGAUCAUCACAGAUCAAGUCUCAGCCGUCCAUCCCAUUCUCAGACUGCUGCCUGCCAAGAUCCUCUUCUACUGUCACUUCCCGGACCUGUUGCUGGCUCAGCGAGGCUCGUGGCUGCGCUCGCUGUACCGAGCGCCCGUUGACUGGGUGGAGCAGGUCACCACUGGCAUGGCGGACACCAUAGUGGUGAACAGUCACUUCACUGCAGCCACAUUCGCCUCCACCUUCCCCUCGCUAGCAUCACAUGGCAUCCGCCCCGCUGUUCUCUACCCGGCUGUAGCAUUCGAUUCCCCACCGCCUGCCUCGUCUGCCAACACUGCCACCACUGCCAACGCUGCUAUCGAUGCUACUGCUGCUAGCAGGGGUGGUUCUGGCACCCUCAGUCCUGCUGUGGGCGAAGCAGAGAAGCUUGGCCUAGAUCUCAACAGCCCCUUCUUCCUCUCCAUCAACCGCUACGAGCGCAAGAAGGAGAUCGCCACUGCGGUCUCUGCUCUGGGUCUGCUCACCCGCUCGUCAGGGCACACAGGCACUCCCGGCAGCCAAGGUGCUACUGUUGCCGCUUUGGCAAAGGGGCAGCGGCCUCGGCUUGUUGUGGCAGGUGGGUGUGAUGCUCGUGUACGGGAGAAUGUGGAGUAUCUCCAGGAGCUAAAGCAACUAGCUGUUAUGGAAGGGGUGGCAUCCGACAUCCUUUUCCUCAUCUCCAUUAGCGACUCCCUCAAGGCUCAGCUGCUGUCCCACUGCACUGCUGUAGUCUACACUCCUCCAAACGAGCAUUUCGGCAUAGUGCCAUUGGAAGCAAUGGCAGCAAGCAAGCCAGUCGUGGCAUGCAACAGUGGAGGCCCCACAGAGAGCAUACUCGAUGGUGCUACAGGCUUCCUCUGCGCUCCAAACCCCUCAUCUUUUGCUGCUGCACUGGCUACACUCUGGGCCGAUCCUUCUCGGGCAGCUUCCAUGGGUCAGGUUGCCCGAGUGCAUGUUGAGGAACAGCUUUCAAGAAACGUUUUUGGUGACCGGUUGCAAGAGAUUCUUUGGAACAUGUGCUUAUAA